ACUUUUGAUUGUAAAACAGAAUCAACGAUUCGUGACGAGUUGGUCCGAGUAUUCUAAAGCGUUAUUGUGCAAACGGCUAAUUCCUCUUGAGAAUCGAUAAAAAUAAAGGUGGUUAAGAAACUGCGCCACUAUACACAGAUGAUACUAUUGGUAGUAAAACUGACCUUUUUAGGCAUUUUGAGGCCUUUUUCUGGUUCACGAUCACGACAAUUUGGGCUUUUUGUAUUAUUUCAAGCAGAUAUGAAUAUUCUUACUGUGCUUUCUUCAUAGCUGUCAACUCUCAAGAUUUUGAACCUUUUCUCAAGCCUAAUUUUCUUGAAAAUAUCCAUACAUUUACUAUAUUCUACCGCAUUAGCUAUCUUGGUACUUCUGAUACAUUUACUGUAUUUUAUCAAGAAUUUCCUAAAGCGAGGUUGACAGCUAUGUUUCUUGGUUUAUGCAUAAGUGGAUUUCUUACGGCUCGUCCCUGGAGACUAGGGAACGCUGUUUGUAAACUCCGAGCCCUUUCGGCACGGGUUUCGGCUAGACCAAAUCCAAAUGAUGGGGGAAUACUCUGCUUUUGUGCAGACAUAUCUACGGGAGAUUUUACAGUCUGGUCGGUUCAAUAUCAAGGAUUGCCAGUCUCGAAAUCUUCAUUUGUCUCAGGCGUAUUGUCUUCUUUGGCAGAAUCCUGAGACGGGGGAAGUGACCGGUAGGGUGUCAGACGAGAUCAUCCACGAUGCAGCAGUCGCCGCCAUCUUGCUCGACCUCGCAGUGAGAGGUUACGUUGAAUUGUGCAUUCAAGAGAAAACCUUCAUGAUGAAGGUUGGCAUAGUCUCGCAGGGUGUUGACGUCAAGGUGACAAACCCGACACCUACAGACACGUUCCUGGACAAAGCGCUGUUCACACGCAUAUUGGACAGUACCAUGCGAAGUGCAGGCGACUGGAUGAUACGAACAUUCUCCUUGAAGGGCGGAGAAGUGCUCACACCUAUCUUAGAUAGUCUAGUGGACCAAGGCAUCUUCUCUGUGGAAUCCCAAUCCUGCAUGGGAAGAAAGUACCCAAUCAUGAAUCAAGGUCCAAAAAAGGAGCUUCAGAAAGAAUUACAGAUGAUCGCUCUGAAUGACCACCACGCUGAUGGCUUCAUGUGGCCCCUGUUAAAGCUUGCGAGGGGCGUUGAUGCGCUGGAGCUAGGAAGAGCUCCGAUACUUGAGCAUAACUUUAGUGAUCAGGACUACAACCGAGCAAAGAAAAACAUUGAAAGGUUGCUAAAGGAGGGGAAGCCGGCUGAGACUCAUAAAGAAAACGUUAAAGUGUAAGGAAAUAACCAAAGGCUUUGCUAGUAUGUUUGGGAUUCAAUAUACACACUGUUUGUAAAGCAUUUUUUUUAAAUGGCAGAUUAAUGACCGAAUGGCA